AUGAGUAAUGGAGAAUUCGUUGCUGUGAAGAAACUUCAACUGUCAUUGCCGAGCUUUCAGAAGCAGUUUGAGAAUGAGGUGUGUCAUCUGAUGUACCUUAAUCACCCGAAUAUAGUGCGACUUCGAGGGUACUGCUACGAAACACAGAAUGUAUUUGUAGAGCACAAUGGGAAUUUCGUCUGUGCGGAGAUGUCAGAAAGGUAUAACAAUUCAACACGGGCAUAUGUUGCGUAUGAAUCUUCUGGACUUGAGUGGGACACCUGGUAUAACAUAAUUGUCGGUAUUAUCUAUGGUUUAAAGUACCUUCAUGAGGAAAAAGUUAAGCCCGUGCUCCAUAUGGACCUAAAGCCGGCCAACAUAUUGCUGGAUGAUGCUAUGAAGCCAAAGAUUACAGACUUCGGUCUUUCAAGACUACUCGAUCAACAGCAAACUUUAAGCACUUCAAGUCGUGAUGGAACACUGGGUUACAUGGCACCAGAAUACCUACAUGCAGGUACGGUCACAGCUAAAUCAGACAUAUUCAGUUUGGGUGUAAUAAUUUUGGAGGUAAUAACAGGACACAAGGACUACCCAGAUGUUACAAGAACAUCCUCCGAGAGAUUUGUGGAGCUUACCCUUGAUAAAUGGAGGUCGAGAAAUCCAUUGAACAAAUCACCAGGCUAUAUACCGAAAAUAAGAAGAUGCAUUGAGAUAGGUCUAGCAUGUGUGAAUCUUGAGCGGAAGGGAAGGCCAUCAACAGGCGAGCUUAUCAAGUUGCUACAAGGAAGAAUGACGCUAGACGAGAUUGCAGCGUCUAGAAUGGAAGCAACCUGUUCCCAGCCGGACCUAACUGCCAUCCAUGAGAUUCUAGAGAGGGAGGGAUACAAACCAGAUGAAGGGCCUCCAACUGAGCUAUCUUUCCAAAUGUGGACAAACCAAAUGCGAGAGACGUUGAUCCCCAAAAAAAAGGGUGAUGCUGCAUUCCGAGCUGGAGACUUUCAGGUAGCAUUGGACAAUUUUACUGAGUUUAUUGAUAAUGGGGCAAUUAUUUCACCGGUUGUUUAUGCCAGACGUAGCUUGUGCUACCUUAUGUCUGACCAACCUGAUGCUGCCCUUCAAGACUUGAAGAUAGUAAAGGGCAUCUUUGAGGAAUGCAUUGAGAAAUGGCCCACGGCACUCUACAUAGAGGAAGUUGCGGUUUCAAUGCUAGUCAAUCAGAGGCAUCGUAGCGCAACCGAAAUGUUGAAUGAGGCGUCGCACCUCGAAGAGGAGAGGCGUGGGAAUGAAACUUUCAGCUUUCAGACCAAUGAGGGAUUUACAUUCCCAAAAUUGAGCCAAUAGUGCUUAGACGUUUUUGUAGUUCAAUUUGAACUAGAAAAACGUCUUAUACUUUGGUAUGGAGGGAGUAGCGUCCUAUGCGAGUAGAGUAUCACACUUUUGGGAAUGGACUCUUUGAUGCCACGGUCGUUGCAGUGCGAACAGUUAACGCUGUAGCCGGCCUGAAAACAUUUGUUUCUGAAGAGAGAUUUGGCCUAUCGCACCGAAGGGUGUGGUGAACGAGGGCCUUGCGGCAGGGAACAGCGCCUCUAAUGCCGUCGCUACCAGUGAGGUGGGCGGCUCUGCCGCUGUCGUGACCGGGGGCGGCACAAUCCCUCUCCGACAAGAUCUACUUCGCCGGCCGCCCA